AUGUGCAACCAUCCCAAGGCAGGUUAUGAAGAGGUGUUAGAGAAGCUUGUGAAGUAUUGCCAAGGACAUCCAUUGGCUCUCAAAGUUUUGGGCAAGUCGCUACAUAAUCGAGAUGUAGCUUACUGGGAAGCGUGCAUACAAGGGCUAAAAAAAGAAACAUGUUCCUGUAUAAAUAAUGUCCUGAGAAUGAGCUUUGAUUAUUUGCCAUCUAACAAUGAUAAGGAGUUGUUUAAGCAUAUUGCUUGUUUUUUUGUUGGAAUAGAUAGAGAUGUUACCGAAACAAUAUUAGAGGCAUGCAAUAUAAACAUGAGAUCCGAAAUCAUUAAUUUCAUUGACAGAUGCCUUCUUAGUAUAGGACGGAAUAAUGAAUUUAAGAUGCAUCAGUUGGUUCAAGAGAUGGAAAGAUUCGAAGUACUUCAAGAAUCACUUGACAAGCCAUGGAAGCGCAGUCGAUUAUGGUGUCAUGAGGAGUCGUUCAAAGGUAAGGGAAAUAUUCUAGGCCUUGCUUUGGACAUGCGAAUGGUUGAGAAAGACAAGUCAGGUGCAUCAUUUGAGGUGAAAAUAGAUGCGUUGAGUAACAUGGAUAAUCUGAUGCUGCUACAACUCAAUUAUGUGCACAUGAAUGGUUCUUAUGAAAACUUUCCGGAAGAAUUAAGAUGCUUAUGCAUGCAUGGGUACCGUUUAAAUUCUAUACCUUUAAAUUUACCAAUGGAGAAUCUGGUUGCUCUUGACAAUCAUAUAGCAAUAUUGAAUCAUUUGUCAUUUGUGAUAGUAAUCCACAACGACAUGAAAAGAGACAAAAGUCUUGGUGACUUUGACCAACUCCCUGCUCUUAAGUGGUUAAUAGUUAGAAAUUGCAUUGGUUUGCAUGAGGUUUGUGAAUCAAUUGGGCAAUGUGUUAAACUUGUCUUAAUCGAUCUGAGCUACUGCAACAAGCUUGAAAAAAUUCAAAAAAUCAUAGGCAUGUUAAGGAAUGUUAAAAUAGUGUUCCUAGAUCAUUGUAAUCUUGGGGAAUCACGAAUCAAGAUUAGGGAUAUUGAUUUACCAGAAAGGCUCAAGGCUAACAACAUUGACGUAAAUACAAUAACCUCUUCCUCCACCUUUGUGGGUGCUAUACCAAGUGAUUUGAAGUUCUCUGCAUUUUCUUUACCUAGGUCUUUAGUAAGUUUGACACUUGCAAAUAAUAAUUUGUCCACUGAAUCCUUUCCCAUGGACUUCAGUUGCCUAUCCACGCUAGAGCAUUUAUAUUUAGACGGAAAUCUUAUCGAUUCCAUGCCCAUUUGUGUGAGAACCCUUCCUAGGCUUGAGAUACUUAGCAUGAAUAAUUGUAAAAAUUUGAAGUCAAUCGAGCAUCCUCCACAUACACUAAGAGCGUUGUUCCUCGCUUCUUCUCAUAGGUCCUCUAUAGAAAAAUUGGUAUUAAAUCGAACAACAUCCAUACUCAGAUUAUCAUAUGACGAUAGAAAUUACGGACGUUGGUCAUAUGAAAUAGAAGGCGUGGUCAAAAUCCAAGCAAUGGUGGGUGUUGAGGAAGAGGUAUUGUGUAGCUUGGGAUGGACUAAUUUAGACUUCCGUAACGACACGCGUGUGAGAACUAAUUUUCGGAGAUCUGGAAUCCAGACGAUGCAUUAUGAAUUUGGAAUAUUUACCACAAUGUAUGAGGCGGAGGAGAUGCCGAGUUGGUUUAGGCAUAGAAGCGCGGGGCCAUCAAUAUUAUUUACCAUCCCAUCAACUCCGAACUGCCUUAGAGGAUUCAACUUCUGCUCUGUGCAGACGUUGCAAGUUCCAUAUAAGGAUUCAAGUAUCCAUCUUUCAACAAAGAUCACAAUUAGUAAUAUAACAAAGAAUCGCACAUGGAUAUACCGUCGCUUGACCAGAUUUAGUGUAUGUCAAGAGUGUUGCAUGAUGUUAAGUCAUUGGAUGUUUGGAAUGAAUGACAUGGAAGGUGGUGACCAGGUUACUAUUACUAUUAAAGGGCCAUAUAAUGAACUUAUAAAGGAGUGUGGGGUGAGAGUCCUGUAUGAUGAUGAUGAUAAUGGUGCGUUGGAUUAUUACAAGUCAUGGAAUCACAUCAUUGGUGGAGAUCUCUCUUGUUUUCAAACAACAGGAGAAUAUAUCCUACGCAACUGGGAUAUAACAUUCCAGUUUAUGAAUUUUUUCAUCGGAUACUAA